GAGUUCAAUCGAAGGCAGUUCCUGGUCAAAUGGUGCGUUGUCAGUGGCCAAAUGGCCGGAUUCCACGCUUGCUCCUCAGCCGACUGCUGCAACGGAGCAAGUUCUGUAGACUAUUAUGGCUUGAAGGUCAAACGUGAGCGCGUCUUCAUUUUGGCGCGCAAAGAAGACCGGGCGUGCACCCUGUUUGAGGCUGGCUACUUGCGCUUCACAUUUCGCUUUCAUACUCAUUGCGUUCUGCCUUCUCAUUUGCAGUUCUGGCAGGGCAUCGAUGUCAUGUCCUCCGCAGAGAUUGAGGCCGAGGCCCAUAAGUGCCAUCAUUUCCGUGCCAAGCCACGUUUGUCAACGUGGCUGACCAAUGAUCGACGUCCUGAUGACGUUAGCCGUCUGCGGGCUUGCGGCAACAUCGUCAUCCCUCAGAUGGCCCAG